UCUUGCUACAUUGAUGCCGCUGGCAUCUGCACUCCGGCUCUUGGGCCCAAAAGCACAAUCGUCUUGUCGGCGAAGCCAUUGCUUUUGCCCGACCGCGGCACGAUCUACCAGCGACUGCUGGCCAUCAUUCUGGACUACCCUGACUGCGGCAUGAGUGCCAGCGUGACGGAAGCUGAAGUCCGCACAAAUUUCCUGGGGCCUAACGGGGAUGGCCGCGGCGGCGUGGCCGCCAAGUACACAAACUGUUCCUUUGGGAAAUUCAACCUGAACGCCACGGCAUUCAAGGUUAUCACGGUACGGACCACGUGCUCUAAUGACACAACAAAAUGCCAAUACUGGAAUCUCGCCACAGAUGGCAACAUCGGAGCCAAAGCGCAGCUUGGUGAUGCGGAGUAUCUUGGUUUUACUCACUAUGCAUACAUAGUCCCUCCGAGGAUGACCUGCCCCUGGGCCGGUUUGGGGAUUAUAUCCGGGAGGCAAAUCUGGUUGCAUACCUCAGGUUACGGGUUGUACCGCUCGGCCACCAUCAUGCAGGAAGCCAUCCACAAUUACGGCCUGUGGCACUCAUGGCGAAAUGGAGUGGAAUACGAGGACUAUUCAACUCCCAUGGGACGCGGCAACGUCUGCCCCAACGCCCCCGAGCUGGCCUACAUGGGCUGGGCCACGGCAGCGCAAGGGGCCGACCGGAUCAACUCCCGGGUGCUGUCUGUUGGUGCCCCCCUCACCUUUAAUCUUCCCGCCACGUACCUAGGCCCCAAUGGAAGCUACAUCCGGAUCAUUCCCGACUGGAUGCCGAUGUACAGCAACAGCACCCUGGCCAAGAACCUGUACAUUGCCGUACGUGUCAACAAGGGUGGUGACGCAGGUCUGGCGGUGGAUUACACAAGGAAAGCGAAUGUCCAUGAAAUUCAUGCUGCCGUGGUACGUGGGGGCCUGGACUAUGCUUACUAUUUUGAUGCCAACAUUUCGUUCAUCGGCGGCGUCACUUUUGGUACUCAAAUGGACUUCACCAAGUAUAAUCUUGUCGUAUACGCCGGAUCUUUUGUCGCUAUGGACGUUCUCAGGGUAGUCAUCUGCCGCUACAGGUCUUCCGCUCAGGAAUGCCCCUCCCUGACGGCUGUAGAUGUGCCAGCGCCCCCACGCCCUAGCCCACCACCACCGAGCCCCCCAUCACCCCAACCACCUCCAUCCAUUCCCCCAUCACCAAGGCCACCUCGUAGUCCACCAAGAACACCGCCCAAGCCACAAUCGCCACAACGGCGCCCGCCGUCGCCAAGCCCUGCACCG